AGUGCUCAGUCUCGCACCUGCACACCACAAGAGUGCUCAGUCUCGCACCUGCACAGCACAAGAGUGCUCAGUCUCGCACCUGCACACCACAAGAGAGUGCUCAGUCUCGCACCUGCACACCACAAGAGAGUGCUCAGUCUCGCACCUGCACACCACAAGAGUGCUCAGUCUCGCACCUGCAAACCACAAGAGAGUGCUCAGUCUCGCACCUGCACAGCACAAGAGAGUGCUCAGUCUCGCACCUGCACAGCACAAGAGUGCUCAGUCUCGUACCUGCACACCACAAGAGUGCUCAGUCUCGCACCUGCACAGCACAAGAGAGUGCUCAGUCUCGCACCUGCACAGCACAAGAGUGCUCAGUCUCGCACCUGCACACCACAAGAGUGCUCAGUCUCGCACCUGCACACCACAAGAGAGUGCUCAGUCUCGCACCUGCACACCACAAGAGUGCUCAGUCUCGCACCUGCAAACCACAAGAGAGUGCUCAGUCUCGCACCUGCACAGCACAAGAGAGUGCUCAGUCUCGCACCUGCACACCACAAGAGUGCUCAGUCUCGCACCUGCACACCACAAGAGAGUGCUCAGUCUCGCACCUGCACACCACAAGAGAGUGCUCAGUCUCGCACCUGCACACCACAAGAGAGUGCUCAGUCUCGCACCUGCACACCACAAGAGAGUGCUCAGUCUCGCACCUGCACAGCACAAGAGAGUGCUCAGUCUCGCACCUGCACACCACAAGAGAGUGCUCAGUCUCGCACCUGCACACCACAAGAGAGUGCUCAGUCUCGCACCUGCACAGCACAAGAGAGUGCUCAGUCUCGCACCUGCACACCACAAGAGAGUGCUCAGUCUCGCACCUGCACACCACAAGAGAGUGCUCAGUCUCGCACCUGCACAGCACAAGAGAGUGCUCAGUCUCGCACCUGCACACCACAAGAGAGUGCUCAGUCUCGCACCUGCACAGCACAAGAGAGUGCUCAAUCUCGCACCUGCACACCACAAGAGAGUGCUCAGUCUCGCACCUGCACACCACAAAAGAGUGCUCAGUCUCGCACCUGCACACCACAAGAGAGUGCUCAGUCUCGCACCUGCACACCACAAGAGAGUGCUCAGUCUCGCACCUGCACAGCACAAGAGAGUGCUCAGUCUCGCGCCUGUGCUCUUCAUGCACCUCAUUUGGACGCAGUCGACCGAAGCGUCCAAAUUGAUGCGCUUUAG